UAAUUUUAUUCCCUUCUCUCUCGAUCUUUCCUUUUCGUUUGUUUCCUUCCGUUUCUCAGUCGGCAUAAAGUCAUGAAGGGGAAACUCAUCAUUUUGCUCCCUUUGAUCGUAUUGGUCGCCAUUGUUGAAGCUCAACAUUAUGCGGAGGAAAUGCAGCACUAUUCCAAUUCCUUCUCAUUGGAGUUAAUACACAGGCAUGCUUAUCAGUUCAACAACGACAGGAAGCCUAAAGCUCAGCACGAACGCCUCAAGGACCUUCUCCACCAUGACAUUAUCCGCCACAACAUCACCUCCCACAGACUGCGAACCCGGAGACGAGCCGCCGAAGAAGCCGUUUCGCCCGCGGCUUCCGUCGAAAUGCCGCUUAAAGCUGGUAGUGAUCUCGGGAUUGGACAGUACAUUACAACGCUUAGAGUCGGGACACCGUCGCAGAUGUUCCGGGUGAUCGUCGACACUGGAAGCGAUUUGACGUCGGUCCGAUGUCGGUAUCGAUGCUCGAAACGCUCCGGUGAUUGUACCAAAAAGGGGAGGAUAAACAGAAAGAGGGUGUUCCAUGCUCCUUUAUCUUCUUCCUUUAGCCCGGUUCCUUGCAGCUCGGAGAGGUGUAAAGUUGAGCUCAUGACUCUCUUCUCACUUUCAAUAUGCCCUACUCCACUUACUCCUUGUGCUUAUGAUUACGGCUAUGCGGAUGGGUCAGCUACCAGGGGAGUAUUUGCUGACGAGACCGUCACUGUUGGCCUUACCAACGGUAGAAAAACGAGGCUCCGUAACGUGCUAAUUGGGUGCAGUGACUCGUACCAAGGUACAAUUUUCGACAACGUCGAUGGUCUCUUGGGGUUGGGCAAUACAGAGCAUUCUUUUGCAACAUAUGCUGCUGAGAAAUUUGGUGGGAAAUUUUCUUAUUGUCUCGUUGAUCAUUUGAGCAAUAUAAGUGCCGCUAGUUACGUCACCUUCGGCAUGAAUCGGAACCAAGUGAAACUUUCGGGCAAUGCUCGCCACACCACGCUUGAACUCCAUUCCCUCGUUCCAUUUUAUGGCGUAAAUGUUAGGGGAAUCUCCAUUGAUGAUAAAAUGUUGGAGAUACCUAUGAAAGUGUGGGAUGUGACACAAGGCGGUGGGAUGAUCCUCGACUCCGGCAGCAGCUUGACGUAUCUGACGGAUCCAGCAUACCAGACAGUGAUGGAAGUCCUUACGAUGUCGGUAUCAAAGUACCCGAGAGUGAAGUUGGAUACGGUACCGAUGGAUUAUUGCUUCAACUCUACUGGUUUCAGCGAUAUUUCGGUGCCGAAAUUCAUCAUUCACUUCAAAGAUGGAGCUCGAUUCGAGCCGCACUGGGAUAGCUAUGUCAUUACUGCUGGUGGAGGCGUUAAGUGCCUAGGGUUUUUGCCUGCACGUGUUCCCGGAGUUUCUGUUAUUGGAAAUAUCAUGCAACAAAAUUAUUUCUGGGAAUACGAUUUGAUAGGUAAAAAAUUAAACUUUGCUCCGUCUGCAUGCAGUUAGGUGAGAGUACUAAUCCGUUUA